AGCCCGGCGCGCCCCAGCCGGCCGCCCCGAGUCCGAGCGCGCGGUCCCCGGGGAGCCGUACCCGAGGCCCGCCCGGGCGGAACCGCAGGGAGGGCGUGGCGGCCAGGGCCCGUGGUCCGGUCGGGCGCGGGGCCUGGGGGGCCUGGGGGCCCGUCUCCCCGCCCCGUCCCCCGUCCCGGCGUCCUCGCCCCCCUCGCUGCACGGGGCCGGGCGGCCGAGGAGCCCCACGCUGCCCGGGGGUACCCGCCGGGCAGGGGGACCGCGCUCCCGCCCGGCCAGUUCUUACAGCAAUAUGUGGCUUAGAAGGGCUCCAUCAGGUUAGUCCAGUGUGCGGUCCAGCCUCAGACCCAGGGUACCGCCGAGUCUGCAGGCGGAGUGGCGAGGUCACGGCGCAGCUCUGCCGCGCGGUGAGCGCCGGGUCUCCGCCGCAGAGCGGCCUCGGAGCACCGAGCCCCACUGCUGAUCCUGGGCCGGGGUCUUCGGUGCCCCGAGCCCCGCCCCGCGUUUGGGGAAACGUGGCGUGCGUUCGCGCCGGUGGCGUCAGAGCACAGGGGCCUCCGCACUGCGGCCCCAGCAAGUGAUCCCUAUUCUCGCAGCCAGUCCAGGGCCUCGGGGCUUGCCAAGGAAGCUUCUAGAACUAGGACUUCUGCCCAACCCGCCGGCGGUGGCGGGGGGUGGGUGGCUCCCGCCCGGGGGUCGCGGCGCCUUUAAGCGCCCCGCCCGUGCAUGGGGGGGGGGCGGGCCGUCGCUUAGUAACAGGACGCCGCGCCGCCGCCCGCGCCUUCUGUGCCCCCAGAGCGCGGGGCAACCGAGGCGGGAUGUCGGAGGAGGACCCCCAAGCGUGCGCGGAGCCAGAGGAACCCAAGGCCGGGCCCCCGCCGGAGAAAACCAGCGACUGCUACCGCGUGAGCGAGGACCUGCCGGCCAGGUUCAACAACCCGGCCUGGUUUCGGGGCUACAGGACCAAGGAGCCCCCCUCAGUGUACAGGACCAGUAACCAAGUUUAUGGUAGCAGAGCCCCCACUGUGCACGAGAUGCCGUGGGUGGAAUGUUCCAGAACAACACUCUCAACGUCUACAUGGAGAAGAGCAUCGUGA